AUGCUUUCAGCGUGGGAGAUACUGGAGCGGUGGGAGCCACCAUCACUGGAUGAGGUUCAGGCCAUUGGUAAAAGUGAUCCUGAGGUUUGGAAAAGCUUUGAUGAAUAUUUGUUUGAAAUGUAUGGUUCUCCGCUCAUGACACUCCUCGAGGGAGAAGAUCCCUCUGAUCAAUUCGAACGAGUGGUCCCCCUUGACGUCGUUGCUUAUCUGGCGGAUCAAUGGCCAGAGAGUGUUUGCAUGGAGAAUGGACGAGGUGGUUUACCUCUUCACCUGGCACUACGCUUUCACAGAGACGAAAUAGUAGAUUUCUUCUUGAAUUGA